AUGGCGCUGUCCCUCUGGGCCCUGCUGCCAGCAGGGCUGCCGCUGGCUGGCGCCGGGCGCGGGCGCGGUUCCUUCCGCUUCGCAGAGGCUCACCCGGACUGCUGGCGCCGGGGUCCCAGGGACUGGUGCUGCGCGGACGAGUCGGAAAGCCGCGCGGAGUGCUGGGACGACUUCUGGAACUAUCAGAGGUGCUGCGUGGAUGAGCUUGAGCUUUCGGAGGUGCACGAUGACCUUUGCUUCGGGCAUGAUGGCUUGGUACUGCCGGAGCCGUCCCGGGAAAGGCCUUUUGUGUUUUUGUGGGACGAGAAAUCCGGGGGCACGACCUUCAACGAUUGGUUGCUGGCCUCCAGUGCGGCCUUGGGCAAGCUGCAGAACACCCACAUCUCGGACUUCGGGUGGCCCAACGCCAUGGGAACCCCGUUCCUCAUGAAGACCUACAACACCUCCAGGCUGCAGUCCCUCGAGAUCUUCUCUGGCACGGUGGACUGGGGAAUCUUCUCGGUCCUGGGCUGUGGAGAACGCCGGAGGCCCAGCUGCUUCGUGCUGCUGCGGAACCCGGUGGACCGGUUCCUGUCCUACUACCUGGAGCGCUCCGACCGGCGACUAGAAGGUGGAGACUUGCCAUUGCGUGCGCUGGCGAAGCUGUCGGAGGAAGAGCUGGCGGAGUAUUUGGCCUCCAUCGAGGCGCAGAAUCUGCGGUUCAGCGGCAGCGAGAGCGGGAGCCACUGCAACGCGGAGAAUGGGGGCCUUUGCCUGCGCCAAGUGGAAGUGACGGAGGAAGGAGGCCCGGAGACGUUGGGUUUCCGGAGCUUCCUGGGGCCUCAGAACCGGCUGCUGCGGAUGCUGGAUCCUCUCGGCUCGCUGGACCGCGCCAAGCAUCGCCUGGCACGGUGCGUGGUGAGUUUGCAGAACGAGGACUUUGAGAACCACCUGCGUGUGCUGCGCGUCUUCCACCCCUGGCUCCAGCAGACAAGCUUCGCCGGGAGUGAGCUGGGCCAGAACAGCUACAACCGGCAGGAGUCCGCUUUCCUGCGUGCAGAGCUGCCAGAAGGGCACCGGGCGCUCAUCGCAGCCUUCAACGCCAAGGACAUGGAGCUCUACCGCCAGGGCCUGGAGCAGUUCUACGGUCAGGUGGCCUUAGCGCGCAGCGCGCUGCUGCUGAGUCCGGCGCCACGGCAGACGCCGCCGGUGCUGUACUUGGGCUCCAAGGACUGGGAGGUUAAUUGGCCUUUCUUCAGAGAGAAGUUGCCCAGCUGCUUCUUCAUGCGCCGGGUGAUGCGGUGCCGCAUCACCCGGCUGGCGUCCCAAUGUUCGGUGCUGGUGGGCGACUCUAUGCCAGAGGGCGUGGACAUGAUGUUGCCUGAGGGCCUGGUGGAGCAAAUGAUCCAGGCGGUCACCGAGGAGUUCUACCGGCGCCGGCCCGAGGACUUCUUCCGGCUCCGCAGCUCGGACUUCCAGCGGCUCACGGGCUCAUCGGAGGAGCUUCGGUACCAGCAAGUGGACAUCCCGGCCUACCAGGAGCUGCUGAGCUCCGCAUGGGCAGACGCCCAGAAGCUGGUCUCAGCGGCGCGAGGCCACCUACCGCAGAUCCUCGCGCUGGCGAAGGACCCAGACGUCGAGGCAGGCUGCGCAGCGGUGAAAUGCUUGGCGGCGCUGGGGGAGGCCAAGGAGCUUCCUGUCUUCAUGGAGGGCACCUUGCCAGAGGUGGUGCGAGCAGCUGUCCUGGAGGUGGGCCGCUGCCCUGAAGCGCGGCGCAAAGGCGCCUGCCUGGUGAAGGUGCUACAGCACAAGGCCGGCAUCGGCAAAGUCCUUUGCCCGGGGAUCUUCAAAAGCACUCCAAGUGUCUCCUUGUGA